UAUCCCACAAUUUCCACAUAUCAAAAGACAUACUUCCUCGGCUUCUGUCUCUCCUCCUCUCUCGUACAAUCGGAAGGUGUUCAAUUAACAACAACAUGGUACAGUCGAAGAAGUUCAGAGGUGUCCGGCAGCGACAGUGGGGCUCUUGGGUCUCGGAGAUUCGCCACCCUUUGCUGAAACGGAGGGUAUGGCUUGGGACAUUUGAAACAGCCGAAGAGGCGGCUCGAGCCUACGACGAAGCAGCGGUUUUGAUAAGCGGACGUAAUGCCAAGACGAACUUUCCGGUGCCCCGAAACCCGACGGGAAACGAAAAUACCACCACGCCUCGCAACACCCUUUCUUCGAUCCUCAGUGAAAAGCUUCGAAAAUGUUGCAAGGCCCCGUCUCCUUCCCUGACUUGUCUAAGGCUCGACACCGAGAAUUCCCACAUCGGAGUGUGGCAAAAGAGAGCAGGGAGUCGAUCGGAUUCGUGCUGGGUGAUGACGGUGGAAGUAGGGAACAAAAACGGGGAAGUGACUCGGACCGACAAAAUGCCUGUUUCCGAUGAACCCGUCGUGGACGAAGUCGGCAACAAUGGCUUGGACGAGGAACAGAAGGCAGCAUUGCAGAUGAUAGAAGAGCUUCUCAACAGGAACUGAUCCAUAUGAAUCAGAGUUCCAAAGUUCAUAUGUCAUGCCAUUGUGAUUAUAUUGCUCU